AUGUCCGCACCACCAAGCCUGUUGAAAACGGCGUACUAUGCUUGCAGCAAUAUCGAGCGCAACAAGUUCGACUUACUGGAAGUCCCGGACGUCGAUAUGCAAAAUUGUUGCCGGGCGCUGUUCGAAAUAAUUGAAAUCAACAAAAAACUAAACGGCGACAACAAUACCAAUAGGCAGACCCUGUACAGCAGCUUGAACCUCAGGUAUGAAGAGAAGUAUAAAACGAAUUUAAAUGACAAGUUUAAAAACAUAUGCUCGGAGGCAGCGACGCACAAUCACAUGGAUUGCCUAAAACUGGCUCACGAGAUUGGCAUUGGAUGGGGUGAUGGUCAGGCGUGCACCAAUGCAGCGGAAACGGGUAAUCUGGAGUGUUUAAAGUACGCCAGGGAAAAUGGGUGCGACUGGGACGUAUGGACUUGCGCGUUCGCCUCAGAUUCGGGCCAUCUGGAGUGUCUUAUGUACGCAAGGGAAAAUGGUUGUCCUUGGGAUGGUAUGUCGUACAUACUUGCCAAAAGUAAUGGACACAGCGCUUGCAUGAAGUACGUACUGAAAGACGGGUUGCCCGGGAUCUGGCGGGGGUAA